AGCAUAAAUUGAAAGGGUUUGACAUAAGCAGGGCAUCCAAUUUGCUUACCGGUUCAGCAUAACCAAAAUGACACUGCAAGCAGGUGGAAGCGCGAUUAGCCUAGCGUCUGAAAAUGAAUCGACCUUGAGCUUCCCACCCUCGAAAGUGCGGAUUUGAUCCUGCUCAUCUUGAUUAUCUCCGUAAAGCGUGGAAAGAUCGAGAUACGAAGAAGUUUUUGAGAUGUGUUGAUUCCGAGGAUCGGUCUGGAAAAGGUCUUUAAACCAUUUAGCACGUUCCCACCAACAUAGUCCCAUAUCACCUUACCGUGGAUUAUCAACGAUGCCCAGCUGAAAAAUAUGCUAGAAACCCCGUUAGGAUGAGGUUUAAAUUCCUGGCGAGCGAAAAGACUAUCGAAGAUCAACCCCGGAUCGGGCAGUGCAGCAGGCUGGAUUGUUAUAGGCCUGAUGGAGCGAGCAUAAGGUGUAUUGGCAGCUCCUAGACGAGGAAACAUUGGGUUGUUAUUAGAUCCAUCUGCAGCUCUGUAGCGAUACUCAUCGCCAAGGUAUCUGAAACGGAAAUUCAUUAAUGAGAGGCACUAUGUCUGUGGUAUCGAGGAUCCUUACGUGAGGGGUGGAUGAGGAAGAGAGACCCAGAGUGAUUUAACAAAGGUCUGGGUGAGCUGCAUUCGGGCUGAUGAUUCCGCAGGAAGAUUGGCCACGAGCUGAGGAGAAAAAUGUUCAGUCUUUGACUUUCAAUGUGUUUGUUGACUUGGUCAUACUUGAAUGAUCCGUUCCAUAAGAUAUUCCUUGUCAUCGGUGGGUUUCCCAGAAGCUUUGCUCUUGACCACUGCUAGCAGAGUGCGUACGCCCUUCCAGCCCAUCCACUUCACCUCUUGCAAUUUGGUGCUGGCUACGGCUUUCUUCAUGUGGAAGUGGUCGCCACUGAAUUCAGCAUAUUUUGCAAACGUGUUCUCGAUUUCCUCUCGUUCGACGCGGCGCCCUUUGCUACGUUUUGCGAGGGGAGGGGGCGCACCCGCUGGUUUGCCAUUCACCUGUCCAUUUUUCUCGCCAUUCGUUAAAGUCCCAGCAACACCUGGUUUCGCCAUUUGUGCCGAGCGUGAAAGCAAUCUCCGAUAGACAAGAAAUAUAUAGAAGAAAAAUAACCAAUUCAGUGAAUUGUGGGAACCAUGAAGUGCGUGAAAUUUAAACACAAACAAUAAUCGGUUGAAAAAUUCACGUUCUGGUGCAACGGUUUAUCCUAAAUAAAGGGCCUCCGAAAAUCCGCCCGGGUCUUGCAGAGCUCGCCAUCCGGUGUUGAUGUGCCCAUCAAGGCUAAGAGGCGCCCGAUCUAUGCAGACUCUGCAGAGCUCCAGCUUGCUCAGAGUGUGCCACAUCAUGGCGUGGGCUGUAUCAAGCGCUAGACCAGUGAUGGACGGGGGUAACAAAGGCAAUUUUAUCUUCGUGCCCGGGUAACGGCCACCCAUCUAUCGGCAUUUUAAGUUUCGGAGGUAGACGUUUGCCCAAAAAUGAGCUCGGUUGGACAAAUGAAACAGAAGAAACUCCGGUUGGAUCAUUGCGAUCAAUACGGAGUAUAGCUCGGUGAAACUUCGAAGUGUGGUUGAUCAAUGGCAGGAUCCUGAUGUCUGACGAAUGAAGAGAGCAGCCGUGAGAGCCUGAGAGGUUGACAAGCAACUAUCGUCCAACCAGCGGAGUGUCCAAGCAAAUAAUGCGAGAUGAGCUUGCACUCCCUGUGGAGAUUGCUGUGCAAGAGCGGCAUACUAUGCACGCGCCACUAUUGGGCAUAUUUUGAAUCCUGUGAUAUCUGGCCGUGGAUUGGAGAGAGAGGAAACCAGACGUGCAUUUGGAUCCCAAACGCGGGGAUUCUACCCUUGGAUUCCUAUCCUGGAAUGCGGAUGAUUGGUGCUGUUCAGCUCACGUCGCGAUGUUGGAAACCACAAACACUGGUGGAAUCAGUUAUCAAUCACCUGACUUGGGCUCCAGCAGCCUUCCAAGGUUCCAAGUUCCCCUUCCAAGGUUUUGUCCUUCACACACACAUACACACACACACACACUACUCCGUACAGCGUACACGCACAUCUUUCAUUUUCAUUAAUAUUAAAUAUUAUUCUUGUUGCGAACUCGAUUGCGAUGAUUCGCCAUGCACUAUCGGUGUUAGCUCCUGGGUUACUGUUGAUCAGCAGCGGGGGCGGUGGGUAACGUGGAUGGGAUCUGACUGAAGAACCCGCCCCAAAAAAUUACGGAUAACUACACAGUAACUACACUGAUGAUGCUCCCUCAGACGAACUCAACAGCGCAAGGCCCUGCUCUCGACUCGUGUCUCAAUACGGAUUGCGGCAGGAAAUGCCUAGUCAUCAAAUCCAUUUUCAUGAAUUUCGGUUUGGGCCUUUGUCCCACCAUGCUUGUUGCUAAUACAGCUAUUACCAUUUCCCUCUGCCUUUGUAGGGGGUAAUCGCCAAUCGCCAAACAUACGCUGUAAAUCAGGGUGGGUGCUGUGCGCUUCGCAAAGGGCAUUUUUCUGUGGCAUUUCAGCUCAUGAUUGCGAGCCGGGAUUGCUUUUUCAGCUAGCCAAUGUCAUUGACUCGCGCAAUUCCCACACGACGAACUGGGCGUUGAACACAAUGUGGCUGAUCUAUUGCCAGAAACAUUCAAAUGACCCCAGAAGCUUAACCAAUUGGGAAUUCUAUAGACUGGAAGCUCAAACCUUAUUCUGGGAAGGUGUAUUUUUAUGCCGGAGCCCAUUUUCGGUCUAACACGCCUGUCAGGCUGACCAAUGUUGUGAUUCCUGGAUCUCACGCUAAGCUGCGGCCAGGGAAGGGUAAACUUGGCCUGGCGAGCUCAGGCCUGUGCGACCCUGUAUGUGCUUCCAGUUUUUGCAUCCCUCGAUGACAUUCAAAUGGUGACGAUCGACUGAUGUUCAAUUGAUUAUUGUUGUGCUUGUUCCCACGCUCCACUCACACUUCGCGCCCUCUGACCGCGAACAAAAGCUACAUUCUAUCAUCCCGACUGAUUACAUUAUCGAAGAGUCCGAAACCAAUUUCGCCCAUAGCGGUAAAUUGCAACUAUUCCAAACUAAUUCAUCACAAAACCCCUGAAAUUCUGCACGGUCUCACUACCCUUGGAAAACGCGCUUGAUACCUAGUGAAAUCCCCAUCCGCUUGUCCUUUUUGCUCUUUUCAAACUGCAAGCGUUCGCAAUAUUGAUUACAGUCGUUAUUUAAAAAUCGUCCCUAUGUCACAUUACGCCUUGGAUCUUCCGAAAACAUUUGUGCUUUGCUUUGAUGGCACCGGUAAUAAAUUUACUGGUGACGAAUCAGACAGUAAUGUUCUCAAAAUCUUUCGAAUGCUAGAUAGAAAUCAGGGACAACAAUUCCACUAUUAUCAACCCGGAAUUGGGACAUAUGUGACGUCUACGAAGGUCCCGAGUCAUGCUGGCACGUUUUCGCGCAUCAAGCGAAGCUGGAUAAAAGCGAAAGAUGCGGCUAUUGGCUCAUCGUUUGAUCACCACGUGCUCGCUGGCUAUCGAUUUCUUAUGCGAUACUAUUCUCCUGGCGAUGAAAUAUUCUUUUUCGGAUUUAGCCGUGGGGCAUAUAUCGCGCGCUUUCUUGCUGAGAUGCUAGACUAUGUUGGCCUUCUGACUAUAGGAAAUGAAGAGCUCGUCUUAUUUGCUUGGAAAACGUUUUCAAAAUGGCAACAGCGGACAGGAACAAGUGAGGCAGAUAUCAAAAAAAGGCACGAUCUUUACAACUUCAUGACAGCUUUUCGAGAAACCUUCAGCCGUCCGAUCCAGCGAAUUCGGUUCCUUGGGUUGUUUGACACUGUGAACAGCAUUCCCAAGUUUGAGUCUCCAUGGAUGUCGCGGAACAGGUUCCCUUAUACCGCGAGAAGCUCAGCCAAGAUUAUCAGGCAUGCAGUUGGCAUUGAUGAAAGGCGUGCCAAAUUCCGUCAAGAUCUAAUCUCACAAAGUCAACAUUGCCACCACUCGCAUUAUAGGCGUCGAUUUUCGUUUAUUCCACGUAGAUUCUUCCACGAAAGGAAGAAUUUGCUAAAGGAAACGAUUGAGGUAAAUUCUAAGUCGGGCGCCGGAAAAAGUGAAACGAAAGUUAUGGGCAAUACCGACGCCAAACCCUCGAAACAUCUGUCUGCAACAGGCUGGACCCAACCUCGGGAAGAGAACCGUUACCGCCCACUGUAUCCUCGCCGUUCGAUGCAAAAUCUUAGAACAUCGGCUCCCGAUAACCAUAAUUUCUCUACUGAUGGUGCAAGUUGCGCUGAUAGUAUCGUUAAUCUCCCACUACAGACUCAACACAUUACUGACGACAGAUCCGUUCAAUCAGAUCAGACUGUCCAGGAUAUUGAGGAAGUUUGGUUCCCUGGCUGCCAUGCUGAUAUCGGUGGUGGUUGGGGACUGAUGCCAAGCGAGAAGUGGCCACUCAGCCAUGCACCCCUUGUCUGGAUGGUUCACGAAGCGCAGCGCGCCGGACUACAAUUCGACGAGCGCAAACUGAAAAAAUUCGAAUGCGCCAUAGAAUUCUCAGGCGACUAUUCGCCCAUUCAUAAAUCGUGGAGCCCUGAUCAAGACAAACGACCGAAUCCACCGGAUAUUGUAAUUAACGGCGUGGAUGACUUAGGUAUCCAAGAUGCUCCUCAGGAUAAUCCAGCAAACUCCCCAUCCUCGAGGAGCUUUUAUGAUGCUUUAAAUUACUCUGGAACUCAAGGCCACAUCCACGACUCUUUGGAUUUUAAAUCUGGCCUAUCAGCCAUGUCGGUAUUAGCGUGGAACAUGAUGGAGUAUCUCCCCUUCAAAAGGAUGGACCUACAACAGGACGGCUCCUGGGCCCCAAUCCGUUGGCCUCUGCCCUGUGGAGAGGUGCGUGACAUUCCGGUAGAUGCGAAAAUUCAUAACACCGCCAUACAACGGCUGAAGGCGAAUGAAAACUACCGUCCGGGUAAUCUGAUCAUUGGUGGCGGUGGCCGCGGAGUCAGGAUAGCCCCAAAGGAUAUGGGCGUUGGGGAGUGGGUUAUUUCAGGCCACGAAGGAGACCAAGUCAGGGAAACAUAUGUAAGAGCAAAUAUAUCAACAUGCGCGUCAGAGAAACACAGGAAGCAGAAAACGGGAGCACCCAAAAAUGGAACUGAGAAUAACGGGCCUGAGAAAAACGGAACACAGACAAAUGGAACCUAGAUCACAGACGUAUGAUUUUCUUGCUUUCACAUUUUAGAAGACCAUUUUCCUGGCCUUCAAUUUCGUCUGUGUUUGGAUGCCAGAACCAGUCAGCGUCAGCAUGUGUUGGGAUUAGGUCUAGUUUAACAAUCUAAUCUGCUACAGCUUCUCUUUCGAGAUGGUUAGAUGGCACUGCUCCUAAUGGAGAUGUUUGAUGUUUAUACCGAGUACAUGUACUUCACCAAAGCCAGCGCUUGUAUUUACCUUCUGUUUGGUUUCGAUUACUUUACUCCCGCACCCCCUUCGCCUGUUUUCCCAAUACCCAACGGCAAGUUACUCUCGAUUAUUUUCUAGUUUGACAGUUCAAUUUUGGCUUUCAUUCCCUGUUUAUUCUAUCAUUAGCGUAUACCGUGUAAGUGAUGUUUUUUGCCGCCAGGUUGUCUUUCUGCCGUUUCUUAUUAGCUCUCUCUAAUGGUAGGAUGGACUGACUGUUAAGCAGAUUCAACUUUAGGCUUUCACAUUAGCAUGCUCCGCCUGCGUUUCCAUUCUACCUACCAAUAAUAAGCAAAUGACUCCUGGCGGCCUUGUCCAAACCACCCCCUACAGCGUAGUUGGCCAAUAAUAGUCAUCAGAGCUGAAGUUUUUUAAAUAAACCCUCAAGCAAGCUACAGAAAUUUCCCCCUCUUACUCUAUGACGGAAUGGUCCACGUAGAUUAUUGGCUGUCAUUUUCAUGUCCCUGAAUUUAAUUACAAAUAGUAAGAAUAUAUUCUGUUGCUCCUGCAUACUGGGAUGACCAAAACAGUGACAGCUGCCGCUGAAGGGCAUCAAUAAAAGCAUCUGAUAGGUGGAGGAGGUUUAAAUAUAGCCAGUGGCCAUAUGUAUAGGUAGCUUACCCGGAGUGGAUUGCGUUAGGUGAUAAGAUGCUAGGAAUUGUCGGGAAUUGUCGAAUAGCCCGGCUAUAACCAUGAUAUAAUAAUUAUCAAGAUGGGAAGGAAAGGUUAGCAAACCACCAAAAUAUAUAGAUUAUCGGAAAUUAAGACAAAAGGUAGGGAGAACCUUGAUUUGACAACCCAAAUUCUCUUAGCAUAA